AUGUCCUCACCGUCAUACGCGAACCAGCUCCACGAAAAAAUAAUGGAGAAGGCGAAGACGACCCUCACCAGCAAGGGACACUGGAACAUGAUGGUCGCAGAAGAAGCCCUAGGAAGCAUCCUACUCCAAAUGGAGAAGGACGGACACUUCCAGGGAAACCGACUAACGCUGCCGCGUAGCAGAACGGACCCGAGAAAGUUCGAGGACCACGACCGCAGUGGACAGGACAGGGACAGAGGCCGCAAGCGCCGGAGCAUCGUGAAACCGGGAAAAAAGACCGGCCCACCACCGAAAAAGAGCGCCAGCCACCCCAAGGAGAAGCCGCUCCACAGCAAAAACGCGGAGACCUGGGACGGCAAAAUCCUCAUCGUCAAUGGAGGACCGAAAAGGUUCACACCAGCGGCGGGCAUGGACCAGCAAUCCAUAAUGCAGGUGCCGUACUGGCUGAUCAAGUCGGGCAAGGCAGCACCGCAGCUCCAGAAAGCGCUGAAGAUCAUAUGGGUCGGUGGCGAGAGAGCGGACCACGCCGAAUCGACGAUCCGUCUGCUCGGCGAAAAGAAAGGAGCCGCGACCGUCGUGAUCCCGAAUGGGACUUCGGACGAAACGAAGGAACGCUACACAAAGUGCGGAAUCCACCUCAAAGAAAGAAGUGUGGACGGCGAGCUGGAAGCGGACCUCCAGACAGUGAUUGAUGGAGAGAAGUAG